ACAAUUGACUGACUUUUCUAAGUCUUUGCUUUUCUUCACGUUCUUCUUUAAAGUCUCUUCCCUCUCUUCUCUUUUGAUCUCUCUAAGUAUCUAUGCCUCGCUGCUUGAUGUUCUUUACUUGCUUUCUAUGCUCGGAAAUUUCACGCCUUCAGCUUACAGGUCUUAUUUGUUAAAAUGGCUAAUUUCGACAAGGAUGAGGUGCCCAUGUUGUCAGAUGUGCAUCCCCAAUUAUUAGAUGAAAACGUGGAUUCUCGAGUCCAGGCAUUUACUUCCUGGACUAGGAGUGCGUCAAUUUCUAUUCCUACAAAUUCCAUGGAGCCCUUUGGAAAUGAAGCCAACCUUGUUGGAUAUACUGGUCCAUUACGUAGUGAAAGAAGAGCUCCAUUGAUACAAAUGAGCGGUCCAAUCUAUAUCAACCGCAAAGCUGAAAACCUUUUUGAUCUAAAUCAUGGUGUAACAGGUCACAAAAUAGUAGAACCCAAGGCUGAAAAAUUUCCUUCUUUUAAUGGGAUGGAUCAGCAUGACUGGACUGAUGACAGGUAUGCUGGCAAAAAUGAACAUUUACUGAGGUCCGGGCAAUUGGGAGUGUGCAAUGAUCCUUAUUGCACAACCUGCCCAACAUAUUACAAUUUCAAACCAGCACAGCAGAAACAUUCGAAAGCUUCAGUUAUUUUUGACCCCAAGUUCCAUAAUGCUCUUUACGGUGAUGCGAAGGGUUGGGCUACGAAAUUUAUAUCUUUCCUAAAUUCAUAUAUUCCUGGAGUUAUGAAUCCUCAUACUAAAGUCGUUCAACAUUGGAACAAAUUUUUUGUCUUUUCAUGCUUGGUGGCAGUUUUUGUGGAUCCUUUGUUUUUCUUCUUGUUGUCCGUGCAACAGGACAAUAAAUGCAUAGUUAUUAAUGGGCCCAUGGCGACAACGAUUGUAAUUUUUAGGAGCAUGACUGAUUUUGUUUAUCUAUUGAACAUACUUCUUCAGUUUAGGUUGGCUUAUGUAGCUCCUGAGUCUAGAGUAGUUGGUGCUGGAGAAUUAGUUGACCAUCCAAAGAAAAUUGCUCUGAACUACCUCCGUGGAUAUUUUUCUUUCGACUUGUUGGUUGCAUUGCCGCUUCCUCAGAUUAUUAUAUUAUUUAUCCUACCACGUUCAUUGGGAUCAUCAGGAGCAAAUUAUGCCAAAAACCUUUUAAGGUUAGCGGUGCUUGUCCAAUACAUUCCCAGAUUGUAUAGGUUUUUACCUCUUCUUGUUGGUGUCUCUCCUAGUGGCUUCAUAUUUGAGACAGCAUGGGCAAACUUUUUCAUAAAUCUUCUCACCUUUAUGAUGGCUGGCCACGUUGUUGGAUCAUGUUGGUACCUCUUUGGGUUGCAGCAGAGGGUUAAUCAAUGCCUUCGUGAUGCCUGCCAUCAGUCUAGUAUUAAGGAAGUGUGUAUGAGUUUCAUAGAUUGUGGGCAUGGGGAUAAGCAUGCAGAACUUGGUUCCGACCAAACUUGGUUGAAUUGGACAACAAAUGCCAAUGCCACUGCUUGUUUUACUCAAGAUGGUUUUCCAUACGGAAUCUAUGUCCAAGCUGUUAACCUCACAUCAUCAAAGAAUAGUGCUAUCACCAGAUAUGUGUAUUCACUAUUUUGGGGAUUCCAGCAAAUCAGUACUCUUGCUGGAAACCUAAUACCAAGUUAUUUUGUUUGGGAAGUUCUCUUCACAAUGUCCAUUGUUGGACUUGGCCUCCUGCUCUUUGCUUUUCUGAUAGGAAAUAUACAGAACUUUCUCCAGGCUCUUGUUCGGAGGAGGCUAGAAAUGUCACUGAGACGACGUGACAUUGAGCAAUGGAUGAGCCAUCGGCGCUUGCCACAAGAACUAAGAAGGAAAGUACUAGAAGCUGAACGGUAUAAUUGGGCUGCAACCAGUGGAGUAAAUGAAGGAGUGCUCUUGGAGAAUCUGCCUGAAGACCUCCAAAGGGAUAUAAGACGCCAUCUCUUCAAAUUUGUUAAGAAAGUUUGGAUUUUUGCCUUGAUGGAUGAACAUGUCUUGGAUGCCAUAUGUGAGAGGCUAAAACCAAAGAUAUACAUCAAGGGAAGUGAAAUUUUGUAUCGUGGUGGUCUGGUUGAGAAGAUGGUUUUUAUUGUGCGUGGGAAACUGGACAGCAUUGGAGAAGAUGGGACUAUAAUCUCUUUAUCAGAAGGGAAUGUCUGCGGAGAGGAACUUCUCACUUGGUGUCUAGAACAUUCUUCAGUUAGCAAAGAUGGAAAGAAAUUGAAGAUUCCUGGACAGCGAUUGCGGAGCAGCAGGACGGUGAGAUGCUUGACAAAUGUGGAAGCAUUUUCACUUCGUGCUGCAGACCUUGAAGAAGUAACAAAUAUCUUUGCAAGAAGCUUGCGAAAUCCACGUGUUCAAGGAGCCAUAAGGUAUGAAUCUCCCUACUGGAGAGGCCGUGCAGCUACUCGUAUUCAAGUUGCUUGGAGAUACCGGCAGAAGCUUUUAAAGCGAAGGAGCAGCUCUCAGUCGAAUCAGUCUAAAAACUACUUCCGUUGAAUUUUAUAGGACAACUUCAAUGUAAUUAUGGCUGUUGAGUGAUUUUUUUAGUUUAAUAUUAUGUAACAACGGAAUCUCCUUCAUGGAAUUAUUGUAAAAGUUGUUCUGAUGGGUUGAUUUUA